AUGCUGAGCUUUUUCCGUCGAACCCUGGGCCGGCGGUCCAUGCGCAAGCAUGCGGAGAAGGAACGGCUGAGAGAGGCCCAGAGAGCUGCAACCCACAUCCCUGCAGCUGGAGAUGCAAAAUCCAUCAUUACUUGCCGAGUAGCGCUGCUGGAUGGAACGGAUGUCAGCGUGGACUUACCGAAAAAAGCCAAAGGCCAGCUCCUGUUUGAACAGAUCAUGUAUCAUCUGGACCUUAUAGAAAGCGACUACUUCGGAUUAAGGUUCAUGGAUUCUGCACAGGUGGCGCAUUGGUUGGACAACACAAAAAGCAUCAAAAAGCAAGUGAAAAUUGGCCCACCGUACUGUCUGCAUUUUCGUGUAAAGUUUUAUUCAUCAGAGCCCAACAACCUACGUGAAGAGCUAACAAGGUAUUUAUUUGUGCUGCAACUGAAACUGGAUAUUCUUAGUGGAAAACUGGAAUGUCCUUUUGACACAGCCGUCCAGUUGGCGGCUUAUAACAUGCAAGCUGAACUUUGAUACUAUUACCCUGCUUAACACGUCCCGGAACUGGUGUCUGAGUUCAGGUUUGUUCCCACUCAGACUGAAGAGAUGGAACUCGCCAUUUUUGAGAAGUGGAAGGAAUGCAGGGGGCAGACACCAGCACAGGCUGAAACUAACUACUUAAACAAAGCUAAGUGGCUGGAAAUGUAUGGUGUGGACAUGCACAUAGUCAAGGCAAGAGACGGCAAUGAUUACAGCUUGGGACUAACACCUACGGGAGUUCUGGUCUUUGAAGGAGACACAAAGAUUGGUUUGUUUUUCUGGCCAAAGAUAACAAGGCUUGACUUCAAGAAGAACAAACUCACUCUCGUUGUAGUUGAAGAUGACGAACAGGGAAAGGAGCAGGAGCACACUUUUGUCUUUAGACUGGAUCAUCCCAAAGCCUGCAAACACUUGUGGAAAUGUGCAGUGGAACAUCAUGCCUUCUUCCGACUCCGAGGUCCUGUCCAAAAAAGCUCAAGUCGAUCAGGCUUCAUUCGGUUAGGAUCCCGGUUCCGAUACAGUGGCAAAACAGAGUAUCAAACCACCAAGACCAACAAAGCCAGGAGAUCAGCAUCCUUUGAAAGAAGGCCAAGCAAGAGAUACUCAAGACGAACACUGCAAAUGAAAGCACAUGCUGCUAAACUUGAAGAAACAAGUGCUGCAAACAAUGCUGUUAUCAACCAAACUAAUGGAUCACAA